UUUCUAAAACCGAAGGAGAAAGUGAAUGAUAUUUUUCCUAAAAUAAAAUGAAUCCACCAACGCACAGAAAUUCUAAAAUUUUCAAGGUUGUUACCAGAGUAACACAAAAACAUAUUUACUCUUGAGGUAUCAGGCAUAACUGCUGUUCGUGAACUGAAUCUUCGUCUUUUCUAUAUCAUCAAAUAGAAUUAUUUUUCAUUCUUCGUACUCAUUACCAUCCACGCGCCAUGGACGUUCGACGCGCCUCACGUGUCGUUAUCGACCCCAAAGUAAGGCGCGUUGGGUUCUUUGCUCAUACCGAACCUGACAAGCCCGAACCUGAAUCCCCGCCACUUCCGGACUCUCCACUAUCCGACCCGUUAUCUCCCGUCAUCAUACCUCCUCCACGUCAGCUUACCGAACGAACCGCCGCCGUCCCCGUUCCCGAGUCCAAGUUCCGACGCCAGGAACUCGACGAUCAGGUGCCGGUAGGGAGCUACAAUCCCUCACAAUCGUUGCUCGGAACCUCGCCGGCGGAUUCGAUUUCUUCUAGCAGUGCCGGCUUCAUUAAUGGAGAGUUCUCUGAGGAUCGCUCUGGCGUCGGAUGGUUUCGUGGCAGCGAGUUAAGUUUCCCUGGCGGAGGGUUGGAUUUGCCGUCUGUGAAGCCUCGUGAAAUUUUGGCGGAAAAUAUCUUCCCUGUUGUAGCGGUGAAUGUGAAAAAUCUUCCAGGAGGCACUGAAAAGAAAGAAGAGGCUGUCAAAGAAGUACACCCUGAUCCGCUGUCAGUUUCAAAGCCAUUGAAAGAAAAAACUUCAAAGGCUGAGAGACGAGCCUUGCAGGAGGCACAAAGAGCUGCAAAAGCUGCUUCUAAAGCUAAUGGAAGUUCAGCAGUUGCUGAAUCUGGCAAAGCCGCCCUAGCUAAAAGUAAAAAGCAGUCUUCACAAAAGAAAGAUGGUCCUCCAGUUUCAUCAUCAGUCACUAUUGAUAACAAAUCUGGGAAUCGUCCUUUGGAGAAAGAGAGGAAAAAAGAGGCUCCUCCUCAACGAAUGCAAUUUGAUGAUCAAAACAGAGUGGAAAAAGCUAAAAGGCGCGCACUGGUAAAUCAAACUGAAGCAAGAAACAGAGUUGAAUUAUUUCGGCAUUUGCGUCAGUAUGAACAUGAGGCUCAGGUUCCUAAUCUUGAGUCAAAGCUUUUCCAACUUGACUCCGUGCAUCCUGCUGUGUUCAAGGUUGGAUUACGUUAUAUGGCCGGAGAUAUAUCAGGGGUUAAUGCUCGUUGUAUUGAAAUGCUUAAAGCAUUUCAGGAAGCUAUUAUAGACUACUCGACUCCACCUGAAAAAGUACUUAUUAGAGAUUUAACUGCAAAAAUCAGUAGUUAUAUUUCAUUUAUUAGUGAAUGCAGACCACUUUCUAUUAGCAUGGGAAAUGCAAUUAGGUUUGUGAAGAGUCGAAUUGCCAGGUUGCCCAUAAGUCAUACUGAUGCUGAGGCAAAAGCAACACUUUGUUCUGAUAUUGACCGAUUCAUUUAUGAAAAAAUAAUUGUUGCGGAAAAGGUUAUUAUUGGACACGCCACCCCUAAAGUAAGGGAUGGAGAUGUUCUUCUUGCAUUUGGACUGUCUUGUGUUGUUGAGAUGAUUCUUGUAUCUGCCCACGAUCUUGGGAAACAAUUCCGAGUUGUGGUGGUAGACUCACGACCAAAGCUUGAAAGUCAGGCCUUACUUACUAGGCUUAUGGCCAAGGGUCUGAGUUGUACGUAUAUUCAUAUAAAUGCUGUUUCAUAUAUUAUGCACGAGGUCACAAAAGUUUUUCUGGGAGCUUCUGCUAUUCUUUCUAAUGGAAAUGUACUUUCAAGGGUUGGGACAGCAUGUAUUGCAAUGGUGGCUCAUGAAUUUCGUGUUCCUGUAUUAAUCUGUUGUGAAACUUUUAAGUUUCAUGAAAGGGUGCUACUUGAUUCAAUAUGUUGCAAUGAAAUAGGUGACCCUGGUGCUGUUGCCACGGUUCCUGGAAGAAUGGAUAUCAAUUAUCUGGACAAUUGGGAAAAUGAAAAGAAUUUGCAGCUUUUGAAUUUAAUGUAUGAUGUUACUCCUUCAGAUUAUGUCUCAGUUAUUGUUACGGAGCAUGGAAUGAUCCCUACUACAAGUGUGCCUGUGAUCGUGCGUGAGUAUGGACAAGAGCAUUAUUUGAUAUAGAUAGAGAAAGUUAUAGCUUUACCUCUCCAAACGACUGACGUUGGAGAUAUACCAAUUUUGAUCAAGACCUUUGGAUGAGAUUGCAUGCAACUCCUAAUUAGAAACACAUUUUUUUACUAAGAUUAUUUUGACAGUACUCUGCUAUUAGGUUGUAAAAACUGUACAUCUUAUAUUUGUCUAGACUCAUUGAUAGAAAGCAAAACUUCAAAUAAUCUUUUGAUUGUAUGCAUGAGUUUUCCAAAUGAGUAUUUUCAUUUUCUUA